AUGGCCCCUAAGGUUGCUAUUGUCUAUUACUCGAUGUACGGCCACAUCCGGAAGUUGGCCGAUGCGGAGAAGAAGGGCAUCGAAGCUGCUGGUGGUACUGCCGAUAUCUACCAGAUUGCCGAGACUUUGUCCGACGAGGUCCUGGCUAAGAUGUACGCUCCUCCCAAGGCCGAUCAUCCUAUCGCCACUCCGGAGACUCUGCUGGAGUACGAUGCCGUGCUUUUCGGUAUCCCAACUCGCUAUGGUAACUUCCCUGCGCAAUGGAAGACCUUCUGGGACCGUACCGGCGGCAUCUGGGCCAGCGGUGGCUUCUGGGGCAAGUACGCCGGCCUGUUCGUCUCCACUGGCACGCUGGGUGGUGGUCAGGAGUCCACUGCCCUCGCCUCUAUGAGCACCCUCACUCAUCACGGCUUCAUUUACGUUCCCCUGGGCUACAAGACUGCCUUCCCCCUCCUGGCCAACUUGGAAGAGGUCCACGGUGGUAGCGCCUGGGGUGCCGGCACCUUCGCCGGUGCCGAUGGUUCCCGCCAGCCCACUCCUCUCGAGUUGCAGAUCGCUGAAGAACAGGGCAAGACGUUCUACAACCACGUCUCCAAGGUUUCCUUCGCUUGA